UAGCUUCAUCUAGUUGAGAAUCGGUACAGAAAUUCAUAUUGAAAACAAACAAAAGAAAAAAUACCCAACACAGAGUAACAGAGUAAGUUUGCCUCCCUUAUACUGAAAUUCCAGGAAGAGAUAAUAAAACAACACUAUGUUCAUAAAUCUCCAGAUAUUAACAAAUUGCUUAUGAAUCUAUAAAAAAGGCAAUAAGAGAUACUACAAGGCACUAUAUCAGUAGACUUUAGCGUUUUAGGAGGUAAAACACAUGGUCAAAGGAACCGGUUCUUAAUCCAUAUUCAAAGCUGAAAGAGGAGUUUGUGUUACUUCCUCCUCUUCAAAAUCACUUUAAACUGUCAAAUUAGCUUUAAACAGGCAAAUUUCAACUUUGACACCAAGAAAACCCUCUAAAGAAUCAGACUGUGUAGUUGCUGUAACACUUAUGUCAAAAGAAAAUUUUUAAUUUGCAAGGAAAAACAAAAGUUUCUCUCUUCAGAGGUCUCUCCAGCAGCAGCACACGGGAUUUAUUGCCUCUCCUUCACUUCAGCCUGCAUGUUUCCGGCUGGAAACUCUCCCGAACGCAAGUACCUUGUCUUCUCCUACCUCACCAGGGAAACGGGGCGAUUUGGUGGCAGAAAUUCCGAGGAAAAUACACUUUUGUGAGUCCAAAGAAACACAAAUCGAGCACACCGAAAGGCUCCCCGGCCGUACAGAGAGGCGGGCUCUGCAACGCACCAAUCACCGCGCGGCUCCUCGCUAAAAAUACGAGCAGCUGACCCGCGCCAACCCAAUUGCGUUGCCUGCUCCGCAGAGGACGCUGCUGCUGCCGCUACCAUGUCCGAGACCGCUCCUGCCGCUGCCCCCGACGCGCCGGCUCCCGGUGCCAAGGCCGCCGCCAAGAAACCGAAGAAAGCGGCGGGCGGCUCCAAAGCCCGGAAGCCCGCGGGCCCCAGCGUCACAGAGCUGAUCACCAAGGCCGUGUCCGCCUCCAAGGAACGCAAGGGGCUUUCCCUCGCCGCGCUCAAGAAGGCGCUGGCCGCCGGCGGCUACGAUGUAGAGAAGAACAACAGCCGCAUCAAGCUGGGGCUGAAGAGCCUCGUCAACAAAGGUACCCUGGUGCAGACCAAGGGUACCGGUGCCUCCGGCUCUUUCCGCCUCAACAAGAAACCGGGAGAGGUGAAAGAAAAAGCUCCCAAGAAGCGAGCUACCGCAGCCAAACCCAGAAAACCAGCAGCCAAGAAGCCUGCAAGCGCCGCUAAAAAGCCUAAAAAAGCUGCAGCGGUGAAGAAGAGCCCUAAGAAAGCUAAGAAGCAGGCGGCCAGUGCGGCCAAGAAAGCGGCCAAGAGCCCCAAGAAAGCAGCCAAGGCAGGUCGCCCCAAGAAGGCAGCGAAGAGCUCCGCCAAGGCUAAAGCAGUGAAGCCCAAAGCAGCUAAGCCCAAGGCAGCCAAGCCAAAAGCAGCCAAGGCAAAGAAGGCGGCGCCCAAGAAAAAGUAAAUCAUACCAGAAGAGUCCUGCUCUACAUAUUUUGUUAUCCAACGGCUCUUUUAAGAGCCACCCACA